AUGAAGAGAUCAGAAGAUUUAAAUUCGAACCAACAGGAGAAGAAAUUAAAAAUGGGAGAAAAUGAAUUUUUUCAAAGUGUUGGUGACCAAGCCGAUAUAGUUGAUCAAGAACCACAAACUGAAAAUCAAAUCAACAGUGAAAUCAAAUACACUGGAAUGGCAGAUGUUGAAGGACAUCCAGUUCAAGAAUUAGAAAGUUAUUGUGUUAACUGUGGUGAUAAUGGUGUUACCAGAAUGUUAUUAACCAGAAUUCCUUUCUUCAGAGAAAUUAUCAUCAUGUCAUUCGAAUGUCCUCAUUGUGGUCUUAAAAAUAGUGAAAUUCAACCAGCUGCUCAGAUUGCUGAAAAAGGUUCCAGAUAUAUCCUUAAAAUUGAAAAUGUUGAAGAUUUUAAUAGACAAGUAGUUAAAUCUGAAAGUUCAACAUGUAGAUUCCAAGAAUUAGAUAUCGAAAUUCCUCCAAAAAGAGGUCAAUUAACUAAUGUUGAAGGUUUAUUAAAUGAAAUGGUGGAAGAUUUAAACAGUGAUCAAGAAGCUAGAAAAUCUUUACAACCUGAAGUUUAUGAGAAAAUUAAUGAAGUUAUUGAAAAAAUACAAAGUUAUAUAAAUGGUGAACCAGGUACUUUACCAUUAACUUUCUCCAUUGAUGAUCCAGCAGGUAAUUCAUGGAUUGAAUAUGUUCCAAAUGAACCAAGUCAUAAAUGGUCAAUGUAUGAAUACAAUAGAACUGCUGAACAAAACGUUUUUCUUGGUUUAAUUUCAGCUGAUGAUGUUGCCAGAGCUAGACAAGAAGAAUUACAAGCUAAAAAAGCUGCUACUGAAAAGAAUAUUUCUUCUCAACAAAAUGAUGAAACUAAUGACAAUCCAAAAGUUACUGGUUUCAUCUCUGAUGAAACAGAAAUUGAAAAUUUAGAUAAUGAAGUUCAAACUUUCCAUGCUACUUGUUCAUCAUGUUUCCAAGAUUGUGCUACUAACAUGAAAACCAUUAACAUUCCUCAUUUCAAAGAUGUUAUUAUUAUGUCAACCAAUUGUGAACAUUGUGGUUAUAAAUCUAAUGAAAUCAAAACCGGUGGUGAAAUUCCUGCCAAAGGUAAGAAAAUCAUUUUAAAAGUUACUGAUUCUGAAGAUUUAGCUAGAGAUAUCUUAAAGUCUGAGACUUGUGGUAUGAAUGUUCCUGAAUUGAAUUUAGAUUUAACUCCAGGUACUUUAGGUGGAAGAUUUACUACCAUUGAAGGUUUAUUAACUCAAGUUGCGGAAGAAUUAAAUUCAAGAGUCUUCACCGAAACCUCAGAUUCAAUGGAUCAAGAAACUAAAAAUAGAUGGUUAACUUUCUUUGCCAGAUUACAAGAUGCCAUUGAUGGUAAAAUUGGAUUCACCAUUGAAAUGGUUGAUCCUUUAGCUGCUUCAUACAUUCAAAACGUUUACGCUCCUGACAAUGAUCCAAAUAUGAUCAUCGAGGAAUUUGAAAGAACUCAUGAACAAAAUGAAGAUUUAGGUUUGAAUGACAUGAAAACUGAUUAG